AUGGCCUCAAUAUGUCAUGACUUGGAUCACAGAGGAAAAAAUAACCAAUAUAUGAAAAAUAUGAGUACCCCUUUGGCAAAUAUUUACUCAACAUCAGUAAUGGAACAUCACCACUUUAAUCAGACUGUGACUAUUUUACAACAGGAUGGCCACAACGUACUCAAAUCUUUAAAUUCUUCCGAUUAUAAAAAAAUAUUGAGCACAAUUCGUCAUUGUAUUUUGGCAACUGAUUUGGCACUUUUCUUUCCAAAUAAAGCCCAAUUGAGUGCUAUAAUUAAAGAAGGAAUAUUUAGUUGGGAUGACACAAAACAUCGUAAUUUGGUCCAAGCAAUUCUAAUGACUGCUUGCGAUUUAAUUGCCACAGCAAAACCUUGGCAAGUUCAGACUGAAACUGUAAAAGUUAUUUUUGAAGAAUUUUAUGAGCAGGGAGAUGCUGAAAGAAUGAAUGGGCGAGAACCUAUUGCAAUGAUGGACAGAAUGCGUGCUCAUGAAUUACCUCAAAUGCAGGUUGGCUUUAUGAGAGGUAUUUGUAUUCCUUGUUAUGAAUUGUUGGCGGAUGUUAUUCCCGAAGCAGAAAAACUUAGGGAACGUUCAAGAUGUAAUGCAAAUAAAUGGGAGGAAAUGUCCGAAGAACAAAAACGUGUACGAAAUAAUGAAGUUAUAAAUACUGAAUUAACUAGAAAAAUGGCAGAGGAGGAAGAAGAAGAAACUGCUCUGGGAAAUGGAGAUUAA